AUGCCCGCACAGACAGCAGAGCCUGCAGGCGCGAUGCCGCCCGAGGACGGGCGGCAUCGUCCCCUGUCGAGGAGCGGGAAAGUUUCAUCGUGCGACAAGAAGCGAGAAGGAGACAGCGAUGGAGUGCAGUCUUCUCUUCUCUUCAUUUCUCCCCCUCGGGUUGCCCUUUUCCCUCCAGAAGGAGAAGACGGCAACCAGGGAGACUGGCUGCCGCCUCAUCGGUAUGCGGAGGGCCUGACUCCUGAAUUGCGACGGAACCUCGAGGAAAAAGGGUUGCGGCCGUGCAGUCUACGAGAGGUUCUUGAGCGAAGAAACAAAAUGUGGGCCAAAGUCCAGAUGAUCAGCACAGAAGCGCGGAGCGAGAAGGAGCGACUUGACUCUCUGUUCAAACAGCAGUGUGUGGGCUGGGGAAAUAACCAGGAGGGCUGGGUCUAUGGCAAGUGGAAUCCCGUCAUUCUGUGCCCGGAUUUCCGGCAAGGAGGCUUACAGGUCUCCCGAUCGGGGCGUCGGCAACUCUGGGAGUGCUUGAAGUCCGUCGUCGAGGGCUUUGUUGAUCCGCGUCUCCAAAUCUGUGAAGUCGUCGACCCAACGCACCCUGUUCGCUUCGCCACGCCGCCGCACGAAACGUGCUACACCGUCGUUUACGUCGGUCCCAAAAUUCCUGCUUCACGUAAAGCGCGGGUUGUUUUCGGAGAGUACACAGGCGUCGUUAAAGAUGGAGGCCUUGUCAAAAAAAGGUUUGAAUACGUCUUUGAUCUUUCCUUCUCCGCGCUGGCCUGGCGCCGGGCUGAAGAGUUCGAAACAGCCUCCGACUCCUCAGAAGACGACUGCGUCGGUGCCCCUCGAGAAAACAGGGAAGAAAAGCCGGACUCGGCGACGGUCUCUUCCGGGUCCGGGACAUCGCAGUCUCCUCAGCUGUCGCGCGUCCACGGCGGGAAGGAGCGAAAGAAGUCGGUGACUGUUUCAGGACGACGCGACGCUAAGGGCUUAACGAGGGUCGAACUGCCCGCGCGUAGCCAGUUCGUCCUCGACUCUUCUGAAGCCUGCAACGAAAUGUCUCUUGUCAAUCACUACGGGACCAUCGAACUUCUGGGGGACUGCGUUUGCAAGCGCAACAGCGAGUGGCAGCAAGUCUUUGUCGACGGUUGGCCGCACAUCGUCCUGACAUCGAUUCCUGGAGUCGCGAUCGAGCCGGGGGAUGAAAUUCUCGCGGAUUUCGGGAAUGCGUGGUUCUUCAAAGUGCAAGACGCGUCGCAUGAGGCCAUCGCCAGGGAGUUGCUCGAAUACCGCGUCGGAAUCCGGACGGCGCCUUCCCAGGUGCGUGCGCUCACCGAGAGAGGCGAGAGAGCUAGCCAGCCUGCCGCCGUGGCGCGGCAGACCCGCGUGAAGGCGCCUCGCUCAGGUCCCCGCGCGAAGAACGGGCGCUCGCCGGGUGUCUGCUGCUUCGCCAGAGUCUCUGCUUUCCACGCGUGCGCGCCACUCUGUGCUGUGAAUUUGCAGAAGCUCGUGCCGGCGAGGCCAGUCGAGUGUGUGAAUCGCCGGUCGGAUCCCCAGCUGGAGAAUCGAGCGAGACUGGGCGAAAUUUGCCCGUACUGCCUCAGUCACGAACACCGGCCGUGCGCGUCGUCUCUGGCGCCUUCGCCCUCUACCGAGAGUCGCGCUUCGAGCAAGUUGUCCAAAAGUGCAGAGGCAACACAGGGCGGCGUGCGAGAAGGCGAGGCAGAGAUGGGAGGCUUCCGAGGGAAGCAAGAGAAGGGAGAGAACGACGCGGGGACUGCGACAUCCUCCGAGAAAUCGCCUCCUGGGCUCUCCGAGAAGCUGAGGGAUGGCGGGAGGUGCGGAGAGAAGCUGGACGGAGUGCGAGCCUUGUCUUCCUCCUCUGCCGGGGUUCCGUGCUCUGCCGGCACUCCGUCCCAGAGAAAUAACGGUUCGUGUUCUCCCUCGAGUUCAGACCUUCUUCUUGUCACGCAACGGCUUGAAAGGGAGAAAGACGUCUGCUCGGAUCUUGCGACCCUCGCCGGUCGGGCCCCCGACCUGACUGUACCGCCCGCCCCGCCUCCCCCGACAGCGGUCGCGACACCACAGCCGAAGAGUCAGGCAGGAAACAAGUUGGCGGAAACGCAGGUCGAGGGGACAGACCACCUGGCGCCUGGCUCUUCGUUUUCGGGAGACGAGGUCGUCCACUGCGACGGCUGCGAUCGUCCGUGUCAUCUGCGCUGUCUGCCGGAUCCAGAAGCGAUUCUGAAUGACUGGCGGUGGUACUGCGCGGUCUGUCGCAUGCGGUUCUUCGAGAUGUCUCGACACCUCAAUUACAAGGUCCUUCUGUCUGCUGAUGCGCUCGCGUCGCUUGAGAAAGAGGGCAUUCUUGCGCCCGUCGGAAACAGAGAGGGCCGCGAGAACAGAGACAGCUUGGCACAGGCCAGGAGUGUGUCGAGUGUACACACACAUGCGAAGACACCGGAGAGAGAGACCGCGGACGAAGUGGAACGGAAGAAAGAUAAGCGACAAAGCUGUGGGGGAGUGGAAUCUCAUGCUCGACGGCGCGUGUCCCCAACCAGUGUCUCUGGAGGGCGGCGAAGGGUAGAAGGAGAGACAGAAGAUGGAGAGAACGAGCAAGGACAAGUGAAAAAGUGGAGAGGCAGCCGAGUAUGCAAAGAGAGGAGCAGAAGUGCAGGUUCACAGAGGAGAGCGGGACAGCAAGGAGACGAACAAGAGAGGGAGGAAACGGAGAAAGAAAACCGUAAGUCAGAGGUCUCGCCUGCUCUUCUCAGUGGACGACUAAGGUCGCGAGGACCACGCGUACCACAGGAACAAGUCGAGGAGCACGAGGCCGUUUCGGAGCCCGUCGGGGAGGUGCGCAACUCAGGAAUCAAGACCGAGAGUCCGGAGAUGGAAGCAUUGAGUGGCGCGGCUCACAGAGGACAUAACGAAGCCUGCGUGGGUGGGAAGAAAGACCAAAAAGGAGAGGAGUGCGACGGUCGGAAGCAGUUGUCAUCGAUCUCGGACGGCUGCGUGGCGAGCUUCUCGCUUUCUUGCGAUGGAGAGGCGCAAGAGAAGGAGAACAAGGAACCUCUCACGGCAGUUGGAAUGGAGUUCCUAAAUGUCCCUUUGGAGGAACUCGGAAAAGAUAGCGAGAACCUGCCUUGGAAUGAAGCAGAAGCGACGCUGCGCCCAUGCGCCGCUUCCCAGUUGAGCUCCGAGCCGUCGAGAGACCGCGCAGGCGACGAAGAGAGCCACGAGGCUUCGGCGUCGAGGUCGAGCGAAGCUGAUCAUGGAAACAGUGAUCUGUGGUCGGAGAGUAGUCGGAGUCUCGCCGGCAAAGAACAAGACGUGUUCUCGUUCUUUUUGGGUCCUCGCGGGGCAACGAAAGAGGGCACGUCGAACAGUGGCCCGACUCGAUGUGAUGCGCGCGACGCUGGCCAAGCGAAAGACGGAUCGCCGCCGGCGCAAGCAGAGGCGCGCGAUGACUCCUCUCAGUCUGCCUGUUCGUCUCGCGUCUCAGGGCCUCUUUCUCUCGCUAUCGUCACCACGACUGCGCCAUCGUCGGAAAGCGACGAGGACGGAGGGAAGGACGUGCGCUCGGUCUUUCGCGAGUCUCCUGCCUCUGGCUGUCAAAACAGCACAGGCGUUGCUGCCUCCGAACUCAGCUCCUCCGCCACUUUUCACGUCUCCAGCGCAAAGGUGUCCGGGGCCUCGGGCGCCGGAACAACUUCCGGGGACUCGCCCUGUGUUUCCUCGCGGAGUCUCUCGUCAGCGAAUAGACGCGACGGAGACCGCUUCGCGCUCCCGCCGCCGGAGGUCCGCGAGCGAAGAGCGGUUUUCGCGUCGUGCAGCGAGAAGGCGUCUCUGGCUCGAAUGACGCCCUCACGAGUCGAGAUCGUCAGAGGUGAUCUGUCGAGCGACGAGCUGCAGGGGCUGCAAACGCUGCAUCUCGUGGACCCGAAAGGGCUGCUCGGAAGCCUGCAGCCGUGCGAUGUCUGUUAUAAGGCGCUGGGUGAGCGCGCGUCGACGGAGGUUUGUCGCUUGGCGAAGCGCCAUCUGUCUCCGAACUGGGACCACCCGCACUCGACGACGCCGAGUCAGAUGAAAGAUGCGAUUUUGACGGCCUUUCAGGAGAAGGUCCACAGCCUGCAGGACGAAGCGAAGAAACGCGUCCAGAGUGCCGUGGAAGAGAUUCGUCAGCUCAAACUGUCUCUCGCGGCCAAGUCGCAGGGACAUUCGCACGGCAGCAGUGGCUUCGGGGAGAGACACAGCCUCGGCAACGCCUGCGGCGGCCUCCUCGCCGGGUCCCAGCAGGCGGGCGGAGCGUCACGGAAGCGUCCACGCGGAGUAGGGACGCCUGAAGUGUUGGGACUGGGGACGCAGAGCGCCCGCGACGAGAAAGACUGCAGGCCAGACGACAAUUUGCCCGCGCCACUCACGUCGGGAUUCAUUCCGUUGAUUGGCGUGCAUCUUGGGAAGACGGUGAUCGACCGGUGCUUCAACGUCGGUUGGUUCGAGGGCCUUAUCACCGAGUACUCCGCAGUUGCUGUCGAGGAUGGGAAGUGGUAUGCGAACCAGUUCCAAGUGGAGUAUGAGGACGGAGACACCGAGUGUCUGAAGGUGGAGGAGCUCGUGCAUCUGCUGGCUGAGCACGGCAUUCGGCACACAGAUCCUGCCACGCGCCACCAGUACAAAACCACGACUCUCGACAAGCUUCUCUCUCCGGAGAUCCUUGCGGCGAAGAAAGAGCUAAACGUCCGAUUCAGGAAGUGCAAGCUGCUGGAAGAGAAGGAAACUGAAAUGUCGAAGAAACACAAGAAAGACGGGAAGAGGGCGAAGCACUCGGGAAACGGUGAAGACGCAGUGGACGUGGACAGGCACGACAGAGAGGACGAGGCGGAGGACGCCGGCCAAGCCAAGAAGGAGGCUCGGGGGAAAGAGAACUCGAGAGUGCCGAAAAAAGGAAAGAAACGCGACAACGAGAAAGGCGGCGGGGUUACCGAAAGCGAGAGGGACUCCGAGGAAAAAACGGAGAGCGAAAGGCACAAGGAAGAAAAUGUGGCGAACGGGGCGAAUGGCGACGGUGCUGAACUCAAUGAUGCGAGCAGCGUCUGCCAUGCAUAA